AUGGCCAUCCGGCCCGGCCUGUGGCCAGCGCUCCUGGGCAUAGUCCUUGCCGCCUGGCUCCGCGGUUCCGGUGCCCAGCAGAGUGCCACAGUGGCCAACCCGGUGCCCGGCGCCAACCCAGACCUGCUUCCCCACUUCCUGGUGGAGCCCGAAGAUGUGUACAUCGUCAAGAACAAGCCAGUGCUGCUGGUGUGCAAGGCCACGCCCGCCACGCAGAUCUUCUUCAAGUGCAACGGGGAGUGGGUGCGCCAGGUGGACCACGUGAUUGAGCGCAGCACGGAUGGGAGCAGCGGCCUGCCCGCCAUGGAGGUCCGCAUCAAUGUCUCGAGGCAGCAGGUGGAGAAGGUGUUUGGGCUGGAGGAGUACUGGUGCCAGUGUGUGGCCUGGAGCUCCUCAGGCACCACCAAGAGCCAGAAAGCCUACAUCCGAAUUGCCUACCUGCGCAAGAACUUCGAGCAGGAGCCGCUGGCCAAGGAGGUGUCCCUGGAGCAGGGUAUCGUAUUGCCCUGCCGCCCACCAGAAGGCAUCCCCCCAGCAGAGGUGGAGUGGCUCCGGAAUGAGGACCUGGUGGACCCGUCCCUGGACCCCAACGUGUACAUCACUCGGGAGCACAGCCUAGUGGUGCGACAGGCCCGCCUGGCCGACACGGCCAACUACACCUGCGUGGCCAAGAACAUCGUAGCCCGACGCCGCAGCGCCUCGGCUGCUGUCAUCGUCUAUGUGGAUGGCAGCUGGAGCCCGUGGAGCAAGUGGUCGGCCUGUGGGCUUGACUGUACCCACUGGCGGAGCCGUGAGUGCUCUGACCCAGCACCCCGCAACGGAGGUGAGGAGUGCCGGGGUGCUGACCUGGACACCCGAAACUGCACUAGCGACCUCUGUGUGCACACUGCUUCUGGGCCUGAGGACGUGGCCCUCUACGUGGGCCUCGUCGCCGUGGCUGUGUGCCUCCUGCUGCUGCUGCUGGUCCUCAUUCUCAUUUAUUGCCGCAAGAAGGAGGGGCUGGACUCAGACGUGGCCGACUCGUCCAUCCUCACCUCGGGCUUCCAGCCCGUCAGCAUCAAGCCCAGCAAAGCAGACAAUCCCCAUCUGCUCACCAUCCAGCCAGACCUCAGCACCACCACCACCACCUACCAGGGCAGCCUGUGUCCCCGGCAGGACGGGCCCAGCCCCAAAUUCCAGCUAACCAACGGGCACCUGCUCAGCCCGCUGAGUGGUGGCCGCCACACACUGCACCACAGCUCGCCCACCUCCGAGGCUGAGGACUUCGUCUCCCGCCUGUCCACCCAGAACUACUUCCGCUCCCUGCCGCGUGGCAUCAGUAACAUGGCCUACGGGACCUUCAACUUCCUCGGGGGCCGGCUGAUGAUCCCUCAUACAGGGAUCAGCCUGCUCAUUCCCCCCGAUGCCAUACCCCGCGGAAAGAUCUACGAGAUCUACCUCACGCUGCACAAGCCGGAGGACGUGAGGUUGCCCCUAGCCGGCUGUCAGACCCUGCUGAGUCCCAUCGUUAGCUGCGGGCCCCCCGGAGUCCUGCUCACCCGGCCUGUCAUCCUUGCCAUGGACCACUGCGGGGAGCCUAGCCCUGAGAGCUGGAGCCUGCGCCUCAAAAAGCAGUCCUGCGAGGGCACUUGGGAGGACGUGCUGCACCUGGGUGAGGAGGCACCCUCCCACCUCUACUACUGCCAGCUGGAGGCCAGCACCUGCUACAUCUUCACGGAGCAGCUGGGCCGCUUUGCCCUGGUGGGAGAGGCCCUCAGUGUGGCCGCUGCCAAGCGCCUCAAGCUGCUUCUGUUUGCCCCCGUGGCCUGCACCUCCCUGGAGUACAACAUCCGAGUCUAUUGCCUGCAGGACACCCGAGAUGCACUCAAGGAGGUGGUGCAGCUGGAGAAGCAGCUGGGAGGACAGCUGAUCCAGGAGCCUCGAGUCCUACACUUGAAGGACAGUUACCACAACCUGCGCCUGUCUAUCCACGACGUGCCCAGCUCCCUGUGGAAGAGCAAGCUCCUCGUCAGCUAUCAGGAGAUCCCCUUUUAUCACAUCUGGAACGGCACACAGCAGUACCUGCACUGCACCUUCACCUUGGAGCGUGUCAGCCCCAGCACCAGUGACCUGGCCUGCAAGGUGUGGGUGUGGCAGGUGGAGGGUGACGGGCAGAGCUUCAACAUCAACUUCAAUAUCACCAAGGACACAAGAUUCACUGAGCUGCUGGCUCUGGAGAGUGAAGGGGGGGUCCCAGCCCUAGUGGGCCCCAGUGCCUUCAAGAUCCCCUUCCUCAUUCGGCAGAAGAUCAUUACCAGCCUGGACCCACCCUGUAGCCGGGGUGCCGACUGGCGGACUCUGGCCCAGAAACUCCACCUGGACAGCCAUCUCAGCUUCUUUGCCUCCAAGCCCAGCCCCACAGCCAUGAUCCUCAACCUGUGGGAGGCAAGGCACUUCCCCAACGGCAACCUCAGCCAGCUGGCGACAGCAGUGGCAGGACUGGGCCAGCCAGACGGUGGCCUCUUCACAGUGUCGGAGGCUGAAUGCUGA